AAUCUGAUCACUGAGAGGACACCAGGAAAGGCUAGUUUGAGGAAUUGGACUGUUUUCUCUCUCUCUCUCUCUGCUGUUGGCCUUUAUUUUUACGAGAAAAAAAAAGCCUUCAUUUAAAAAAAACACAGCAGCAUCUGAGGAACAAGUUGAGUCUUUUCGCCGGGAGAGUGAACACAGCUUUUGACCAUCAAAGAGGAAUCCUCCUAUCCAGCUUGAUUGGUACUUCCGAUCGUUUUAAAACAAGCAGCUGCAAGUUUGUCCAACUCCCACACGACGUCAGUACAAUUCCGGACCUGUUGGAAAACUGACAGACGAGGUCAAAAUGAGACGAUUUUGCUCUCUAAGGAAAAAAGCGAAGUGAAAGAAACUUCACUGAAAAUUACCUGUUUCCUCUUCUGCACAAUCGAUAAACUGGGCAGCUCGGAUCCUGGCCAAACUGCAGUUGUGGAUGCUACCGUGAAAAUUUGAUGGGCUUCAAUUCUGAGAAAAUGUUGACCUGGAUCCUUCUUCUAAGUGCAGUCUUAGUUCUAAUCAAUUCCCAGAAGGCAGAUCCUUCAGAUAAGGAAGUGUGUGAAAGUCUUUGCUUCUGUGAGGAAAGAGAUGGUUUGCUGCACAUAAACUGUCAAAACAGGGACAUUACCGAAAUAGCUCAAAUAAAACCGCCUCAAACGUGUACCUACAAUCUUAACCUACAAGAAAACUUUGUGACUGUAUUGCAUCGCAAUGGCUUUAUCAACUUCAAGAAUGCUCUGUCCCUACACCUGGGCAAAAAUAAUUUGCAAGACUUGGAAGCUGGAAUUUUCACUGGCCUUAGUUCUCUGAAACGCUUGCAUAUAAAUGGCAACUACUUGGAAGUGCUGCGAGAGGGCACGUUUCGAGGACUGGACAAUUUGGAAUUCCUUCAAGCAGACAAUAAUCUAAUCCACGUUAUUGAGCCUGGCGCAUUCAGCAAGCUUCACCGGUUAAAAGUGCUGAUCCUGAAUGACAAUGCAAUCCCUUUUCUCCCCACCAACAUCUUCCGGUUUGUGCCCCUGACACAUCUGGAUCUUCGAGGAAAUCAUUUAGAUUCACUUCCUUAUGUCGGUCUGCUGGAGCAUAUUGGUAGAAUAAUGGAACUUCAACUGGAGGAUAACUUAUGGAGAUGCGAUUGUGAUUUAUUACCACUCAGAUCCUGGCUGGAAAACAUGCCUCCCCAAUCCAAUAUUGGCGAUGUUGUCUGUGUACACCCAUUUAGACUGAAAGGUAAAGUUUUAACCAAAACACCCAUUGCUGAGAUUUGCCCAACUGGAUCUGGUACUGACUUUGAAGAACCCGUAAAUUCAAUUCAUUUGGCGGCCACUCCAGUUGCUGAUAAUACUCAUAUCAACAUUCAUAGUGCAAAUAAAUCAGUUAUUAAAGAACCUAAAAGGGAUCCAUAUAUUCCACAACCUGAUGGACAGGAUGAUGGUAAAAUUCCUAUAACAGAGCCUAGAAAAUAUCCAGAAUCACCCUGCACAACAACUUGUCAUUGCAGCACACAACCAAAUGUAGGACAAAUAAUGAAAUGUCAAGAAAGAAACAUUAAGAGUUUAUCAGACCUUGUGCCCAGCCCACCAAAUCCAAUAAAGCUUUAUUUGACUGACAACAUUAUCCAAGCUGUGACAAAAUAUGACCUGCUAGAUUAUGGCACCCUGGAUUUGCUCCAUUUAGGAAACAACAGAAUAACAGUAAUUGAGGAUGGUGCUUUUGCAAACCUCACUAAUCUCCACAAGAUGUAUUUGAAUGGGAACAGUAUUGUAAGAUUAACAAAAGAAAUGUUCAUUGGGCUCCAUUGCCUCCAAUACUUGUAUCUAGAACACAAUAUAAUCAAAGAGAUAUUACCAGGGACAUUCAGUGUCCUACCACAGCUUAAGGUCUUAUAUUUGAACAAUAACCUCCUUCAUAGUUUGCCUCCACAUAUAUUUUCUGGCAUUCCACUCUUACGGUUAAAUCUUAAACAUAACCAUUUUAUGCAUCUCCCUGUAAGCAAUGUAAUAGAUCAACUUGAAUUCCUAGUUCAAAUUGAUCUAGAAGACAACCCAUGGGAUUGCACUUGUGACUUGGUCAGCUUGAAGCAAUGGAUGGAAAAGCUCAACAAAAAUGUAACUGUGAGUGAGAUUAUGUGCGAGUCCCCUGAGAAGUUUGCCAAGAAAGAUUUGCAAAUGCUAAACAAUGAAUUGAUAUGUCCUGGAUUAAUAAACAUCCCAACACAGCCCAAUGAUAUCAGCCCGGCCACAGCAGCCAGUAGUACAGCUUCCAGCCUCCUAAAUUCUAUCAUGGACACAGUGCCACUUUCUGUUUUGAUUCUUAGCAUGUUGGUGGUAUUCAUAUUGGUUGUAUUCAGUGCAGCUGGAAUAGUAGUCCUUGUUCUCCAUCGUCGGAGGAGAUCAAAGAAAAAACAAAAAACUACUCCAGUACAGGAUUGCAGUCCAUUGCACGUUCAAUAUAGCGUAUAUGGACAUAAGAGGACCCACCAUACUGAAGAAAGACCAGAUGGAAAUAUAUAUGAGCAGCACACAAUUAAUGCAAUAGGUCCAGUGUGCAGAAGCCGUCCUUAUAACAUAAGAGAUGUAGAGCUGGACAAUGAAAGCAAAGAUGGAAAUGAACCAAAAAUGAUUUACAGGGGUCACAUGAUGAGAGAAAAGGAUUCUUUGAUCACAGGCUCCAAAUUCAGUGUAAUAGAGCAGGCCCCAGAGUUUAUGCCCCUCCGGGAUCCUGGUUCAAUGUACAGGAAUAUCCUUGAGAAAGAAAGGGAGCUACAGCAAAUUGGGAUCACUGAAUACCUGAAGAAAAAUAUCCCACCGCUGCAAUCAGAACUCGAUGUUCGCUACCCAUCUCGGCAUGAAGAGCUGAAACUGAUGGAAGCGAUCAUGUAUUCAAGACCUAAAAAGGUUGUAGUGGAAGAGACAAAAAAUGAGUAUUUUGAGCUGAAAGCAAAGCUACAAACUGAGCCUGACUACCUAGAGGUACUGGAACAACAGACAACAUUAAACCAACCAUGACUUCUGGAAGGACAUUAACAUUUUUAUCUUGGCUGUGACAUUGUGAUAAAUGAGCUCAUUUGCUAUACUAAGACAUUAGUGCCUUUUCAGAUGAUCCUCUUUUUCUACAUACACUACAGCAGUAAUCCUUAUUAAACUCAGGGAUCGAUAGACAAACCAUUGGGAACAGCCAUUGAGAAUGCAGAUACAGGUACGGUAACUGCCAACAGCAUUUCUUUCACAGUAUAGACUGUGCAGUAGUCAAGCACAAAGCUUUAUAAAGCGUCAGGACGAUCAUUUUGUAGUCGUAAAGACAAUCCUAUUAAUAUAACUUAAAAAUGUUGUCAUGUGAGCCAAUGGUGGUUAAAAGAGGGUACCUGAAGGUAUGAUUACUGCUUGUAUGCACAUUUACUGGGAGCCUUAUUUUCAAGGGUACUGGUUUGCAGUUUUCAUGGAAAAAUGGAUGAAAUCGUGGAACGUGAUCCCCAAAACAACAGUAAUAAUUGCAUGUAACAAAACAAAUCUGAUUUAUUUGGUCAAUGUAAACGAGUGACCUUGCUUAUUUUUACUUUAGUUAACGUGUAUACUCUUACAGUCUUCUGUUAAGAUUUCGUUGUCUGAUAUGGGGGUGUGUUACAUGACUUCUGACAAUCCAAUCUUCUGAUGCUGCUGGAUUUUGUUUUACAUUGUAGACUAUAGUUCGUACUUGCAAAUCUGCCAAGUCUGAAAUAACUACUGUAAGAAGCAGACACAGAGGUGGCUGCGCACUGUAUUUAGACUGUGUCAUGUUCUCUUUGUGACGUUUCUCUUUUUGUGUCAGUUAUGUCAUUAGGCAUUCCCAGUUCCUCUAAUCCUGGGACUCCAUUCACUGCUUUUUAUUUUAAAGAGAAAUUAAAACAAAAAAAAAGUGCUUUUUAUUUGUAAAUUUUUAAAUCACUCUAAAUUUUAAUGCUGACACACGUAGGAUAAAAAAGCACACAAAGACCAAAAUGCUGAAGGAUACGAUCUGUUUCAAAUACAAUAUAGGACUCUGCAAGCUAUUUUUUCAGUUACAAAAAUGUAAGAUUCCUGUAAACUAUUUAUUCUGUACAGUUUUGCAAAUAAAUCAGGGGUGCCUUUCUUGUAAAAGAAUAAUAAAGUAUGCGCACUGAAAUUUUAGUUGAAAUAAAGUCAGGAUAAAAUAAGCUCUCCUUUCACCGUGUCUUUCCCUUCUGCCUUGCUCCUGGUAUGGAUCCAGUCUUAUUCCUGCUAUUCAUGUCUGUAUAGACAAACCAGGAAUUCCUUCAGCACUGCACCUGCUCAAUAGAUGCAACGUUGGUGAGGCAGGAACCAUAUUUACCUGAGCAAACAGGAUUUCCAGUGCAAUUCGUGCUCAGUUACACCAGCCAGAGCGUGAGGAGCUUGAAAGCGAUGUCCAACAUGUCUUUGUUCUACAGUCCUCACCAUCUGCACUAACCAAACUUAUCAUAGAUAAACCACCCAUAUCAGGGCAUUAAUUUCAAUGCUUGCUCCACUGAUUUCAGGCAAAGUUAGGUAUUCAAGCAGCUUCAAUCAGAUUUUUGCAUUAUAAUCAAUUACGGGAGUAGACAGAUUCCAUCAGCAUAGUUAUUAGCAGCGUCAACAGCCAGAAGAUGUUGGUGGGGAGAAAAGGGAUUGAAGCUGAGUAGGAGUCAACUUUAACCAUCCACCGUAUAUAAUGGCCAAAUCACAUUAUACAAACACAUCUGCUAUAUGAGGUGCGAGCUGUAUUGCAAAAUGUAUUACAAGACAAAGGUGUUACAGAAAAGGAAGAAUUCUGAUAAAAGAAUUUCAAGAUUACCAUCAGCUAUCACUGGGCUAACAAACCUUAGGUAUCCAGUCAUCAUAUUUGUGUGAUCCUGUUCUCUGUGUGAAUAGAAAAUUACAUGAUGGGAUAUGUUGUGUAAUAUUCCAUGGUCUAUUGAGUUUCAAAUGAAAAGACUUGAAGGAGUCACUCACUGAUGCUAUGUAGAUCUUGUUGAGAAAGAAAGUAUAAACAUUCAAACAUACAAAUUUUCUAGUUUUAUCAUUGCAAAACUGUUUCACAUUACUAGAACAGAAUGCCUCCUGAUGGUAGACAAAUGAAAGGAUUAAUUAAACAUGUUAGGGCUAAUCAUAGAUAAAGGUAGAGAAUAGGCCAGCGUCCACUGUUCGCAACUAUUCUUGCUGCAGAGAUGACCGAGCUAUUUAGAGGCCUAGGCCUUGUUUACAUGCUGCCAGUCAAAUGCAGGCAUCAACUAAUGGCCCAGCAGUAGAUCUAAGUGAAACAGGCAGGCAAUCCAGCCACCCAGCUUAGAACUGUACUGCGAGGGACCAAGACUUCACACUGUAAAUUUUAUAAAAUAUAUAUAGAUAUCCUCAUGGCCAUUUCUAAAAUUAAAAAAAGACUGAACAAAGCACCUUAAAAUGGCUGAAUCUAACUCUGUGACCCCCGAACAAAAGGAGUUGCUUGGCCCUAUCAGAAAACUCACACACCGUUAUCUCUGGGGAGCCACUAAUGACCUCCUGUGAACUGCACAGGCCAAAUUCAAAGAGAUCUAUAAAAAUAUCCAUCUACAUUCCAUAACCCAGGCUGGCCUAAAGGAGUCUUACUCAUCUGCUAAGAUAAAGAGCCCCACAACCUUCCUUUCAAUUCUUAAUGGUUAAAACAUUUAACAAUCUUGGGGACCUAGACAAGGGAUACCCAACCUUUGUCAAAGACAGUGCGGAGAGGUGGAAGUAAUGUGACAUGGGCCUCUGGCUUGUGGAACCAGUAAUAUUGCCUUGCUGAACUGCAAAACUCAGUUUACCAUCUAACUGGCAGCCUCACAGAAAUGGAGCUCUGCCCAGGUUGAACACCUGGCCCAAUCUACACUGCUUCGGCUGGAAAUUCUGUACCAUCACUCACAAGACUGAUCCAUCUCUGCGUGUCUAUCUCAUCAUGUGAAGUCAACACCAAUGGAAAAAUGAAUCAUACAGCAUCGGUUUUCAGACCACCAAUCUCCGUGAAGGAAUACCUCACUGGACUUUGAUUCUAGACUCUGGAACACACAUGAACCAAUAUUUAUUUUCUCUGUGGUUUCUGUACUGUAAAUCCUUCUUUUCUCUAUCCUCCCUUUACUGUAUGAGUGUGGAGGCGCUGUGCGACCCUCCUGUGUUUUGU